UCUCCGUGGGACAGGCCUGACUAUAUAACCAUCGUCUGCUCCAGCGCAGCGCCAAAAACGACUUGCGGCGUCGAGCGAUCGCGAGCUUCGCCGGCGCAAGCAAGCAAGCGCAAAAAGUCCGAGAUCGUCGCGUGACGACGAACAUGGAGCGGUCCUCGCUAGCCGAGAAAAACGAGGAGUGGAUUAAGAUGGACGACCGCAAGGACAACCCGAGCAAGAAGCAGUCGCGGUUCCAGGUGGCCAAGGUGGACUUCGCCGUCGAGAAGCACUCGGACGACGAGAGUAGCAAUGAGGAGGACGAUCACGAUCAAGACGCCGACGGCCAGCCGGACGGCCAGUCGUGGAACGCCUGCUCGUACGACACGCACAAUGUGCGCAGCCUGCGCCACUACACGCGCGAAGCCCUGCCGCGGCUCGACCACUACCGGAACAUCAUGUCAGUGCACGGACACAUGGAGCGGCCCACGCUCGACGAGCUACACAACGCUACGCUGUCGCUGCUGCCGGACCAGAAGCAAUCUCUGGAGAAGUCCGCGCGCAACGCUAACGACGAAGUGGUCAUCAAGGGCAAAGGAGCCGUCAAGCUGGGAUGGAUCCAGGGAGUGUUUGUGAGUGCGCACGCAGGCGACUGUUCUCUUCUCUUCCUUCCUCCGUACCUCCUCAGAAGUGAGCGCGCACGUGUAUGUAGCCCUGUUGUCCCGAGGAGGGGUUUACGCCUCGCUUCAUCCAGGACUGGACUGCAGCCAGUGUCGUUAAGCGGUUUAAAAGAAUACUGCACCGUUUGCAGCUGGCUGCGCAGCUUGUCGCUGUAGACUAGCAAAUUCGAU